GACCAUCUCUUUUGGUAUUUUUUAAAGUACUCUCGGCGGUCACGCUUUGCAUAACAAUUCACAUUUUCUGAUUUCAUAUUUAUUUCCCAUUAUAACUUGUAUAAAAACUUAGAACUACGAAGAUGUCUCUAUCGCCAGCCAGUGGCAUUGGCCGCUUUUAUGCCAAGUCGGCUAAAAUCAUUCGGUUCGUACGCCUGGGAUGUACGAACCGGCCUUUUUAUCACAUUGUCGUUAUGGAGAGGCGCAAGAACCAGCACCAGCCUGUCAUUGAGCAGGUUGGUUCCUUUGAUCCCCUUCCCAAUGAUAGCAACGAACGAUUGGUGGCCCUGAACACCGAGAGGAUUCGCUAUUGGCUAGGAAAAGGUGCCCACUUGUCCACACCGGCUGCAGAAUUGCUGGGAAUCGCCGGACUACUGCCCAUUCACCCUCGCACAUACAUGUCUGCCUGGCGGAACCGAAGAGCAGCUGCCAAGGCGGAGGAUACCGCAGAAAAAGCGGAAUCAAGCUCAUGAAGAUAGUUGUUCAUUAAUAAAACCUCGUUUUCGUUUUACUUUUAA